AUGAAACUCAAAUGGCUUCCAAACCUACGCAGUCCCAAAGAGUCUGAACAACCUCCUGAGCAAGCUCUGUCAAAGCGCCGGGAGCAAGUCCGUAGAGCCCAACGAACCCAUCGUGAGCGAAAAGAAGCUUACACAAAGGCGUUGGAGGCCGAGGUUCUUCAACUUCGAACCAACGAAGCAAAUUUGAUGCAAGAGACCCAAAGGCUUAAUGCUGCCGUGAAAAGAUUGAAAGCAACGCUGGACCUGAAUGGAAUUCAAGUGCCGUGGUCCGGGUCAGAUGAGGUAACCUCUGAUGCUUCAAGUCCCGAGGAUGUGUCAACCAGAUCUAUCGUCACCAUCGAGGACAUUCGCACAGAGCGUAGAAUUCGCGUGCGACAAGCGGCAGUCUUACCGCAAACGGCAGUUCCAACUCUCCCCAGCCAGAAGCCCAGGGUAAAGCAACAAGAGGCCAGCAUUACGAGUGUUGCAUGUGAUCGUGGCUAUCCGGAUCCCUCUGGAAAAGCUUCAACCUGUAUGAAGGACUCCGAUCUAUCGAGCCUCGGUGUUGACUUUGUACUAAUUCUCGAAAGCCCUUGCUUGUCACAUAUGGAACACACUUUGAACGAUUCGUCUGCACCUGCCGGUCACGCCCUUACAGCUUCUGCACCUUUGCUCUUCAGAGGCUCUUCCGGAACAACCGCACAGAUCAAUGGACCCCCGAGCUGGGAGGUACCCAACACGGGCCUGGAUCGCCUUCUGGAUCUUUCUUCGAACUUACCCUUAGCCGAGGAGAUAACGCCGGUGCAGGCUUGGAAUCACAUCAGAUGCCGUCCUGAAUUUAACAGGCUUGAAGUGCAGCGACUUCAAGACUUGACGGGCAAAUUACUGAAGCACGUCGAGUGUCAUGGUUUCGGCGCAGUGAUCGAGCUCAGUACAUUCGAGGGCUUAGCAAAUGAAGCGAUGCGCCAUGCCGGAUGA